CUGUGAGAACCUAAGAUGCAGGGGGAAAACAAUGAAAAUCAUGUGAAUGCAGUUGAAAAAUGUUGUUUUGGGGAGAAGACAGACAUUACAAUUUGCAACGGCUACAUUGUUGUGUGUCGUUGUGUCUCUCUCUCUUCCUUUUUUCCUUACACGGCAAAUCCAAACCCAACAAAAGCUUUCAAAAGUGUUAGGUGUAAAGAAAGUAAAGAGAGUGAGAGAGAGCAAAAGAAGCAAAGACCAACUAGUGUUAAUUUUGCAAUGGAAUCUCAAACACUAUAUGAGAAAGAAGAAGAAGCACUAGUGUUGAAAACAACAAAAGUGGUAGAGUAUUUGGUGCCAAAGAUGUCAAUUGAGCUUCUGUGCAAGUUUCCAGACAACUCUGCCUAUGACUUUGACUACUCUCAGAGCACAAUCUGGUCCCCUUUGCUUCCAAGACCUUACAGUCCUAUGGAUUUGGAUCUUAUCACUCCAAAGAAGCUUUCCUAUGACAUGGGUUUGGGAGCUAAAUGCAGUGUCAAGAAGGUGGGUUCUAAGCUUAGGAAGAAGUUCACUGCCUCUGCCUUCAAUCUCAACCUUGAUUUCAUAAAAAAGAAUAGCAAGAGUAAGAACAAGAAGUUGCCUUCUGAUUUCUCUCCAACACCCUUUAAAGGUGCUUGCAACCCCAUCUUGAACAAGCGAUGGGCAAGAGCACUGAAAGCUGCCUCAAAACAGUUUAAGAAAUGGAAGGUGAAGAGGAGAGACCCCAUUGCCCAUGUGAUGCUACCCAGAUUGUGAUUGUUUUAUUUUUUAUUUUUAAAUAUUUGUUGUAUUGGUGUUGUUAUUACUUUAUUUGUAAUUUUGGCAUUUUUCAUUCAGUAACUGCAUUUCUCAUUGUUUAUCGCAUUAAUUGGCCUAUGGAAGUAAACUGAAAAUGCAUAUAUAAAUGUAAUUUUUUAAUACU